AUGAUCCCUGACAAGAAAUCAUAUGCUGAGCUCCAGCUUGCGGGGGACGCUGCACUGCAGAAUGGGGAUCUGGAAGCAGCAGAGCAACACUUUGUGUCUUCGCUUAAACAAGUUCAUAACCGACAGUCGCCUCGACUCCAUGAAGAGGAAGAGUGUCUGCGCAAGCUCGGAGAGGUGUACGUCAGACGAGGCGAACAGACAAAAGACGGGCAGGACUUCGCUAAAGCUACGGCGCUCUACAACGCCGCUCUGGUCAGGAACGGCGACAAGCAGCUUCUCAUCCACUCCAUCAAGGAAGCCGAGCGGCUGUUUCUGUACCAUACCGUGAGAAUCGACUGCAAACCAUCGCCCUACGAGACCGACAUCCAACACAAGAAACGGCUGGAAAAGUACAGAACUGAAGUCAAAGCCCGUUUAGACACGAUCCACAAGGACCACAAUCCGUACCAGUAUGACGAAGACGACCCUAUAGUCAAAGAAGUCGAGAAGAAACGAGCAGAAUCUGUAAAAGACUUGUUCAAGGACAUAUCAGAACAGAGGAAAUGCUUCAUCAAAAACCUUGUUGAAGAGUGUAUCGAGACAAUCGGACCGCCGCCAUGUCAGUACGCUAUGGUAGGUUUGGGCUCGCAGGCUACAGAACUGGUCACUCCGUACUCCGAUCUGGAGUUCGCCAUCCUGACAGAGGAGGACAAAGACAUCCCUGAAAAUAAAAACUACUUUCUGAACCUCACCUGUUACCUGUACUUAAAGAUCAUCAACCUGGGAGAGACCAUUCUCCCAGCAGUGGCGAUAAAGUCUCUGAACGACUUUCACUCAGAAGACCCGACGGACAACUGGUUCUACGACUCUGUCACUCCUCGCGGCUUCGCGUUUGACGGGGCCAUGCCAUGGGCGAGCAAAACGCCGUUCGGCAGAGAGAAGACGAGAAGCAAGCCCGCCGUGAGCCUGAUACAAACGCCUGCAGGCAUGGCUGAGUUCCAGCGACAUGACAUCGCCCUCCGUCAUGGUUACCACCUGUCCAGCAUACUGAGGUACGUCUCCUAUCUGACUGGGGAUCAGACACUGGUGGACGACUACACGGCAAGAGUCAUUCAAGAGCUAGGAACAUUUGACGAUCAGCAAAAGACCACAGCUGCAGUUAGGUUUGCACGAGCUGCUCUCAAUCUUGCUAUGCAGGAGAGCUUUAGAUUUGGAGAUCAGGAAGUGACCGACAAGAUACUAGACGUUAAGAAAGCGAUAUACCGUUUUCCUGCUGUUGCUAUUAUGAAUCUGGCCCUUCUUUGGAACGUGUACGCUACAAGUGUCUGGGACGUCAUUGAGGAAAUGGAAGAGGCAGGCGUCUUUAGUAAAGAAGAUGCUCACCACCUUCAGGUACUGGUCAGCAUCUCAGGUGAGCUGAGACUUCGGACGUACCUGGAGCUCGGGGGCCAGAAGGAAAACUUGUCGGGUCUGAUGGCAAUGCAGAGACAACAGGAAAUAGGUGGUGAAACCCUUCUCAAAUCAGUGUUUUACGUACCAGACCAGAAGAUGCUGUUUAGGUACCACUACACAGCUACUCCUCUUAAGAACAACAUCAGAUUCGGUCGAAUCGCAGUGGGAUUCUAUGAUGCCUCUCCCAGGGUUAAGGCAUUUAUAUGCACAGGGGUUUUGAAGUUCAAGGCAGCGAUAUCCUAUACAGAGGAGGCACUGAGACAGUUGGAAGACGGGCGAGAUGCUGUAGCAAAUACACAUGGUCCCAAAUGGAGCCAUCAUCUCAAGGCUUGUCUCCUGGGAAUCAAUGGUGCUAAUUACACCAAACUUGGUGACCACAGAAAGGCUAUCAGCUGCUGGGAAGAACAGCUCAAGGUCCAGCAGCAGCUCCCUGAUUAUGAUUCAAUGCACGCCGAGAUGGUCCGCACGUAUGGAAACCUUACAAUGGCCUGCACUAAGAUGUAUCAAGAAUACUAUGGACAGACCACCACACACCCUGGUACUGCCGAAUCAUUUGCUUGUAUGGGGCAAGUUCUCGAGAAAUCUGGAGAUUACGUCAAAGCAAUCAGUUAUUACGAAGAAGCGCUGAAGAUGGCGGAAGAGCUUUUGGGCAAGAAUACGGAACAUCCAGAAAUUGCUAAGGUGCUAAGAAACCUUGGAUCAGCAUGUCGUAAAGCAGGAGAACACACGAAGUCCCUCCAGUACUACGAGCGGGCGCUGGAAAUCAACAAGGCCAUACACGGGCAGGAUGCGACUCACCUUUCUAUUGCUGAGUCGCUCUGUAGCCUCGCAAUGGUUUACAAAGAGGUUGGAGAGCACAAACAAGCUAUUCAGCUCCUCCAGCAGGCCUUAAACAUGAUGAAAAUCAUCCACGGCAGAAACGAAACAGGAGACGACGAGGUACGCCAUCCAGACAUUGCACGUGCUCUCAAUAAUCUGGGGCAGCUGUGGGAUAUUUCUGGUGACAAUGAGAAAGCUCUUGAGUUUUUUGAACAAGCAUUGAAGAUGAAUCGGGAGCUCCAUGGCCAGAACACCCCACAUCCUGAAACCGCCUGUACACUCGCUAAUAUGGCACGAGCUAUGGAAAAAUCUGGAAAUAACUCCAAAGCAAUCAGUCUUUUUAAAGAAGCACUGGAGAUGAUGGACGCUUUGGGGCUUUUGGAUAAAAUGAAAGACCCAGACCCGUUAAGCAACGUUGGAUUAGCGUGGCGUAUGACAGGAGAACACGAGAAGGCCCUGAAAUACUGCGAGCGGGCACUGGAAAUCUGCAAGGGUAUCCACGGACAAAAUGCGGCUCAUCCUGCUAUUGCUACAUCUCUCAGUAACCUUGCAACAGUUUACAAAGAGCUUGGAGAACACACAAAAGCUAUUCAGCUCCAGCAGGCCUUAAACAUGAUGAAAAUCAGCCACGGUAGAAACGAAACAGGAGACGACGAGGUACGCCAUCCAGACAUUGCACGUGCUCUCAAUAAUCUGGGGCAGCUGUGGGAUAUUUCUGGUGACAAUGAGAAAGCUCUUGAGUUUUUUGAACAAGCAUUGAAGAUGAAUCGAGCGCUCCAUGAUCAGACCACCCCACAUCCCGAUACCGCUUGUACGCUCGCUAAUAUGGCACCAGCUAUGGGAAAAUCUGGAAAUAACUCCAAAGCAAUCCGUCUUUCAGGAGAAGCACUGGAGAUGAUGGACUCCUUGGGGCUUUUGGAUAAAAUGAAAAGCUCAGACCUUGCCUUGGCGCUAGGCAACCUUGGAUUAGCAUGCUGUUUGACAGGAGAACACGAGAAGGCCCUGAAAUACUGCGAGCGGGCAUUGGAAAUCUGCAAGGGUAUCCACGGGCAGGAAGCGGCGCACCCUUCCAUUGCUACAUCCCUCAGUAACCUCGCGGCGGUUAAACAAGCACUUGGCGACUACUCAAAAGCUAUUCAGCUGUACGAAGACGCGUUGGACAUGUUGAAGGUCAUCCAUGGUGCGAACGGAACACAUGAAGGGAAAGAACCGCGCCAUCCCGACAUUGCCUGUGCUCUCAGUAACCUGGGACACGUUUGGAAUAUUACCGGUGAUAACAAAAAAGCCCUUUUGUUCUUUGAAAAGGCGUUACAGAUAUACCAAGAGCUCUACGGCCCGACCAACCAACAUUGUGAGACCGCCAGAGCACUCACCAACAUGGGAAUAGUUCAGGGAAAAUUAGGAGAUCACGUCAAGGCAGUAAGAGAACACGAGAAGGCCCUGAAAUACUGCGAGCGGGCAUUGGAAAUCUGCAAGGGUAGCCACGGGCAGGAAGCGGCGCACCCUUCCAUUGCUACAUCCCUCAGUAACCUCGCGGCGGUUAAACUAGCACUUGGCGACUACUCAAAAGCUAUUCAGCUGUACGAAAACGCGUUGGACAUGUUGAAGGUCAUCCAUGGUGCGAACGGAACACAUGAAGGGAAAGAACCGCGCCAUCCCGACAUUGCCUGUGCUCUCAGUAACCUGGGAAACGAGAACACGAGAAAGUCCCUCCAGUACUACGAGCGGGCGCUGGAAAUCAACAAGGCCAUACACGGGCAGGAUGCGACUCACCCUUCUAUUGCUGAGUCGCUCUGUAACCUCGCAAUGGUUUACAAAGAGGUUGGAGAGCACAAACAAGCUAUUCAGCUCCUCCAGCAGGCCUUAAACAUGAUGAAAAUCAUCCACGGCAGAAACGAAACAGGAGACGACGAGCGGGCACUGAACAUGCACAAGAGGAUACUGGAAAUGAACAAAGGUAUUCAUGGGGAAGAUGCGGUUCACCCUGCCAUUGCCGAGUGUCUCAGUGACCUCGCGGGAGUUUACGAAGACCUCAGAGACCACACAAAAGCCAUGCAGCUCUACCAGGAAGCUUUAAACAUGAUGAAAAGCAUCCACGAACUGGUGUAG